UGGUGGUGUACGGCUACGAGGAUCUAUUGGUCAUGAAGAUGACUGCAUGAAAUAAAAAUAAAACAUCCAGUCUUUCUUAAUUUUAGAAACAUUUUGCUACAUUGUUAACGGAAAAUGCUAAUGCUUUAUAUUUGUAUUUCCGUAUCCGUACGGAACAGAGACAGCAAGCUUGUUCCUGCCUAGAAAGGUUUCACAAUAUCAAAAGGCUUUGUAUUCUGAUUGUUCUCGAUUCGAGUAUAGAAGUUCGCCGUUGUAAACAAAUUCAACAUAACAGAAGAGCGUAGAAUUGUUAGACUGAAAAACAAACAACUUAGAAAAAAUACAAAAGACUUCAGUUUGAUCGCGUCAUACCGAAAUGACAGAGUUUGGAAUUUCCCUGACAAUUUCCCCAUAAAGAUUUGUUUCGAAGUAAUAAUAUCAGGUUGAUGUUAGUUUUUACUUAACGUAGAAUAAAACCUGCAAGCUGCAUUUGUUCUGUAUGGAAACUUUUGUAGUUUCCUUUAAUUGUAUAAAUAGAAGUUCGAUAAUUCCCUUCUUCGGCUUAUUAUUAAGUUAGUUUUUUUGAGACUUCACAAAUCGGAACCCAGCGGAGGAAUGCCGAAGAAGUUCCAGGGAGAGAACUCCAAGUCGGCGGUGGCGCGGGCGCGCAAGGCGGAGGCCAAGGCGGUGGCAGAUGCUCGCAAGAAGCAGGAGCUGGAGGAAGCCCUGUGGAAGGACGACGACAAGCAUGUCCUGAAGAAAGAGCAGAGGAAGGAUGAGAAGGAGAGGAAGAGGCUGGAGGCCCUGGAGCGGAAAAAGGAGAACCAGCGGCUCCUGGAGGAAGAGGACUCCAGGCUGAGGGGGCGCCAGACGAAGGCCGAGCCUGUGGGAGGCAAAGUCACUCGAGCUCAGAUCGAGGAGAACCUCCAGAAAGAGCCGCAGCAGGCCUCCAAGGAGAAAGAGAAGCCCAAGAGUCACCUUGACACCCCGCUGGAGGAGAACGUGAAUCGCAUUGUCCCAGAAGAGGGCUCUGUGGAGGCCAGAACUAUUGAGGAUGCCAUUGCAGUUCUGAGCACGGCGGACGAGAGCGACCGGCACCCGGAGCGCAGGAUGAAGGCGGCCUACACCGCCUUCGAGGAGCUGCACCUGCCCCGGCUCAAGAAGGAGAACCCCAACAUGCGCCUGUCCCAGCUCAAGCAGCAGCUGAAGAAAGAGUGGACGAAAUCCCCGGACAACCCCUUGAACCAGCGCUACACCUCCUACAACACUGCCAAGUAAUGAAGGACAUGGAUUCUUUCCCUGUGCCCUCCCAGCCCUCAGCUGAAGAUGAUUGCUCAGACACCCCAGUUAGAGCAGCAGGCCCGUCCCUGCCAGAAGAUUGUCCUUGACUUUCUUCCUCUGUUCCUGGAGAUCUUUUUUUUUUUAAAUGCAUGAAGCGUCCGCCUUUGAAAGAGCAUACCUCCCUCUUUCUCUCACUCAGUCCAUCUCCCUUCUUCUUCCUGGGAGAAGCACCCCUUCCUCUUGGGUGUGUGUUCCUCUGUGCUCACGUUUCUGACACCUGGUCCUGGAUCAGUCACAAGAGAUGGGAGGACAAUCUGACUUUGUCUAGAUCUAAAACGAAUCCACAAUUUGCAAACUAAAUGGCUUCAGACAACCUAAAAAAUAGGUGGAUAUUAUAAUGGAGUGUGAAAAGAAAUUCUAGACUUGAUGGAUAAUAUGUACAUCCUGUCUUCUGUUAUUUUGCACGCUGAAUUUGGAAUACCACAGGAAGCUAGGGAUUUGCCCCAGCUCACUCCAGCACUUCUCUGCUGUGUCAGGAACUCGCUGCCUGUUCAUGACCCAGCAUGGCACUCAACAGCAGGCCUAAUUAAUCUGUGUAACAAAUGUUUAUGAUCCGCCAAUUAUCUGUGAAAAUCAGCUUGGUGCAUAGAUGUAACAGGAUAUGUUAUCACUUGGGGUCUGCUUUAAAAAAAAUAAUAAAUAAAGAGAUGCUGUUUUGGGGAGCUUCAAAUGGUCACCACUGUUGCUAUCCCAAAACUGUUGUGCGUGUUUUUGGAGGCUUUCCGGUCCACAUUCCAUAUGCUCCUGUUAGCUGUGCUUGGCUCCCUGCAAGGUGAAUUUGUCUGAAGCAGCUGGAGAGCAAGACUGCUGCCAGUUCUAGUGUCAUGAGGUUCUAUCAUCCAAGGGGCUAUUUUGUAGAUUUUACUUCUUAAUUUAUUUCAUUUGUAGGGCUCGUGAUUUCUGGUCUUUCUUUUUAGAUUGAUUUGCCAGCUGGAUCUGUAAUCAACAGUGGUUAAGUCCACAGCUUGUCAUUUACAGUAGCCUUCAGAUAUAUUCACACCCUAGAGGAACUGUAAAGGUUGAUUUGGGAUGGAAAUCAAUUUUGACUUGUAUGCAUUUCAAUAUUGUUUGCUUAAGUAGAACACCAGUUAAAAAUAGUUCACUGUAUCUCUGAAUGCAAACUUAACAGUACUAAGGGACUGUUAGGGAUGUUAUGGGCUGUCUAUACCAAUUCUCUGAUGUUUUGGUCAUUGAUUUUUUUGAAGUGGGCUUUGUAUUUUUUGAUCUGUAAAAUUCAUUUACAGUCAACCGUGAGCUUCUUGACAGGGUGGCAGUUAUGUAGAAUCUGCGUCCCUCGGUUCUAACUAGGACACAAGAACUUCCCUGAAGCAGAACACUUCCAUUCCAGAUUGCAUCCUGAAGAUGGCAAAAAUGUUUUGGGAAAACACUCGACUGUGGCUCUUGGUUGCACGUUAUUCUCCAAAAUCAUAUUUUGCAAAAUUCUUCCUACAUCCUUGUUCUACUGAAGUAUUAAAUAUGAAGGACUCCUAAUAUUUGAAAAAUUGUGUUGCACGCCUGCACUCUUUGCAGAGUCAGCUGUUAGUUACAGUUCAUCAAGUAUGUAUCAACUUGAAGGUUUCUGUAAGUGGUUAUAGUGCAAAUUAGUUUCGCUGCAAAGCUUUGAGGAGCAUUAAAGAAACUGGACCACUUUGCAAAUGUAGUACAGAUAUAAUAUCGUCUUCAUGAUGGAAAAACAAGCAUUCUUUCAUCCUGAACACCUCUCUGUGCAGUAGCUGCAUUAUCAAAAUUAGGAAACCCUACACAUGACACAAACUAAUAAGAGACUUUCAAGAUGAUUUGUGUAUUUGUAUUAAUGCAUGCAGCUUUUAAGCUGUUUCCCUACACUCAUCAGUAAAAGAUUCUUACGCAGCCAGAAUGAACUGGUUUGAUUUUGCCCUGUGUUAUAUAUCGCAGUAUUUGCUUAAGAACUUCGGAGCUGUUAAAUUUUGAACAGGCACUUAAGGGGUCCUCUAGGACUAGAGACUAUGCAUCAGAGUCAGUACUACUCUCCAGAAUGUUUUAUCUGUGGUCAUGGUUUAAAAAUCCCCAGCAUCUGUCAGUGUGAUUCUGUAUUUUCAGUAGUUCUGUCAAAGUCUAAUAAUGAGCUGACAAAUGUAAAAGGAAUAGCAUAUGUAAUACCUUAGUGUUAACUCACCUGGCUGAGGGACGUCCAACACUAGCCAAAGAUCUCAAUUUAUAACAUUGUCUACAAAAUUAUGUACAUUUUAAAGAAAUGUUGUCUAACAUGAGAAGUGUUGUCAUGAUGAAUUCCAAAACAGUGGAGGCAAAAGGGCAAGCUGCCCUCUAGAUAAAAAUGUAUGCUAAUGCCAUAUUGCCAACUUUAAAAGGUCAAAGGACGUUGAGAUUUACGCCUAGGGUAAAGUCUUUCUAAUACAUUGAAGUGGGCUCAGUCCUAGUCAUCUCCCAGCCUUCUUUCAAAUAAGGCAGCUCAGCUGAGUGUUGCAGGUGGAUAGAUUUGUAGUGGCGACCUGCUGAAAUCAUAGGCAAACCUUUGAUGGCUGAUAGCUGUUGCAAUGAGCAGAUGAGCCCUUAAAGGAUUAUAAAAGUGGAAACAAAGCAUUGCAGGUUGAGUAGUGAGCGAAGGAGAGAGGCACAGCAAUCUGGCAAUUCUUUUAGCCUGACUAGACGAGGUUCGAAUUUCUCUCAAUACAAGAAUGUUGAUUUGUAAUUGAUGCACCGAUGGGUGUCUGUAUUCAGGUGCUACAGGUUGGUCUCUAUUAAAUAUUGGUAAUGAUUUUUUAAUGCUGGAUUUAUUUUUGGAAUGAAUCAUACCUUCUAUAAAUCUGUGAGGUUACCCACUGCAUCACCCACGUGAGUGGAUGGUUCAAUACACAAUUUAGUAAAAUGGGCAUCUUAUGAAUAUAUUCCAAGAGGUUUUGAUUCCAAGAGUGGUUUUGAAUGGCAUCUUCAGAGUCGUGAAGCUUUCAUUACUGUUAUAACCAUUCUCAGCUCUUUCUGACUCCUGCCCUUGGAAGGGGAGGUCGGUAAAUUACCUUUAUUGAUAAACUGGGCUGGACCUUUGUGCAUUCAUUGAAAUAAACUCUUCUAGGAAUCUUUGUUGUAUCUCUGCCUUCAUGAAGGUGAUUUACAGUAUUUUACUAAAAUACAGUAUUUUAGGUUGAUGUAUACAGAAGAUAAACCCAAGAGUGGUGUUUAGUUGCAUCAGGUUAAAAUCAAUUCAGGUCAAUGAGGCCCAGUAUUUGUUUUUCUUAGGAUUUGAUCUAUUCUGUACCGAAUGUAAGGUCUAACAUAUUAAUUCUCUGAAACUGUGUUAAUCAGAUAAGUGGACAGACUCAAUUUUGCAGUUUUCCUGGACUGGGGACCUAUGAGAUGUGUGUGUGAGGGAGGAGAGAAUGGAGACUAUGUAAGCUCUAGAACAGCACUGUUCCGACAGCUUUGACUUUUAAACACAGGCGGGGAGGGCCUGUUUAAAGUAACAAAAUCAAAAGUAUAAAUUCUAAGUUAAAUAAAUUCUUCAAGUAAUGGUC